CUGCCCAGGGCAGCCUCACUGAGAAGAUGCAUUGUCUUCCUCUCACCCUGCUGCUCCUUCUCCUAUGUUCCAGAGCAGAAGCUGAGGAGAUCAUCGGGGGCACAGAGUCCAAGCCACACUCCCGCCCUUACAUGGCCCACCUGGAAAUCCUCACUCUCCGGAAUCACCUGGCGUCUUGUGGUGGUUUCCUGAUAAGGCGGAACUUCGUACUGACGGCUGCUCACUGUGCAGGAAGGUUCAUAAUGGUCACCCUUGGAGCCCAUAACAUACAAAAGAAAGAAGACACGUGGCAGAAGCUUGAGGUCAUAAAACAAUUCCCUCACCCAAAAUAUGAUGACCUUACUAUUCGCCAUGACAUCAUGCUACUGAAGUUGAAGGAGAAGGCCAACCUGACCCUGGCUGUGGGGACCCUCCCCCUCUCACCCCAGUUCAACUUCGUCCCACCUGGGAGAAUGUGCCGGGUGGCUGGCUGGGGAAAAAGACAAGUGAAUGGAUCAGGCUCUGACACUCUGCAAGAGGUGAAGCUGAGGCUCAUGGACCCCCAGGCCUGUAGACACUACAUGGCUUUUGACCACAACCUCCAGCUGUGUGUUGGCAAUCCCAGGAAGACAAAAUCUGCAUUUAAGGGAGAUUCAGGGGGCCCUCUUCUGUGUGCUGGGGUAGCCCAGGGAAUUGUGUCCUAUGGGCAGAAUGAUGCAAAGCCCCCUGCUGUCUUCACCCGAAUCUCCCACUACCGGCCCUGGAUCAAUAAGAUUCUGAAGCAGAAUAAAGCCUGAAUGCAGCCUGGGCAAGCCUGAGGGGAAAUCUGGAACCAGACCUGAGCAGGCUUUCUGUGCCACUUACUCUGGAGCUGCCUCUAGUCUCUACUGAGGCCCCACUACAUCCCUCAGACCCAAGAGGGCUCCUCCGGGUCACAGAGUCCUCAUUAAACCUCAAUAAAGAUCCAGCUUCCAGA